CAGUUACAACAAUGGCGUUCAAAUAUAAAUGAAUAUUUUAACAUGUAGUGAAGUAUUUGCAUUCCGCGUGUGAAUGAGCUUUGAUCCUGAGCGUGUAGAUUUAGAUCAGAUCUGAUUAGACUCUGUACACAAUCUGCAGCUUUGAGUACUUACGAAUGUCAUGUAUAGAAGAAUAAACCUGUAGACAGAUGCUGGACGGGUUAAAUUGUUAAGCUUGUAUGUGUCGGGGUUUUCCAUGAGCAGGAUGGAUGAACAUCUUCAGGCUCGUGUGAUCUCUCAGCUCAGACAGGACAACAUUCGUCUGUGGCUCGAACCCUUCACCACUGACCAUCAGCACAUACAGGAUCUGGCAGACAGAUACGCUUCAGUCACUGGAUUUGCGGUGGAUGUUGUGCGAUCAGCUCUGGAGAUCAUUCAGUCAGAGGCUGUGAUGAAAGGUGAAGGAAAUAAAGAGUACAAAGAGACGUCUGUGGCCACGCUGGAGCUUCACCUGCCUAAAGAAACUCAGACGAGGAAAGCUCAUUUCAAAACCAAACUGGACAUCACGGCUCACGAGCUGAAGAAAGAGAUCAGUAAACAGUACGGAUUACAGCACUUCAAUCUCAUUCUGAAAGGAAAAACAUUGGCCCCUGAGAAGAGACUUGGCGAGCAGAACGUAAAGAACAACAGUAAGAUCAUGGUGCUGAACGUGUCGUCUGAAGACGAGAGGAAUGAGAUGCUGGAGGGAGAGAAAGAGAAACGCUCUGAAGAUGAAGGAGUGCAGAGAACUCAGAAAGGCUUUCAGAUUCUGUCAGAAAGAGACGGUAGUGAAGAUCCGGCCACCACUCCGUUCCUGGAGAUCACUGAUCAGAAAGGCAAUCCGCUCCAGAUUCCUGACACUGAGAGAAAGGCUCUGAUCAUGGCUAUGGGUUUUCAUGAGAAAGGACGAGCGCUGAUGAAGAAGAGAAAGAAAAGUUCUGCUCUGUGUUACCUGCUGAGGGCGGAUGAACAGUUUCAGUACGACAUCAUCACACACACACACGUGCCACAGUCGAUCUCUGUCUGUCUGUCUGUCUGUCUUUCUUUCUGUCUUUCUGUCUCUCGUGAUCGUGUGUGUUUGUGUUGCAGUAAGUGUGACUCAGCGAUUCUCAACACGGUGGAUAAUUUCGCGGUUCUUCAGUUGGAUAUCGUGUGGUGUUAUCAGUUGCUGAAUGAACUCUCGUGUCUGGAUGACGCCAAACAGAGACUUCAGAGCGCAGAGAGGUGUUUUCAGAGGUGUUACGGGGAUCAACAGAGCAGACUGCAGCAGAUCAAGGUACACACCGGAGGAGAGGACGUGCUGUUUUUGAGGUUAUAUCUUCUUCAGAGUUCUCAGGCGUAUCACACUGGAGAUGAGAACAGAGCAUCUCUCCUGCUGAACAAAGUUCAGGAACUGUACGGUCAGCUGUGUUUAGAUCCAGAGAAGCUGAAUCAGCUGAUGUAUUUGGGAUUUUCUGAUCAGGAAGCUCGACUGGGUUUAAGAGCGUGUCGAGGGAACAUCGAUGAGGCCGCGCUGCACCUCACACAGAGGAGAAAGGAGAAAGAGGAGAUGAAGGAGAGAGAGCGCGAGAAGAGGAGACGGCGUCUGCAGGACAUCAACACACUGGUUGAGUUGGGUUACAGUAAGAGAGACGCCACUAAAGCUCUUCAUCACGCUAAAGGAGAUGUAGACAAAGCUUACGGGAUUCUGUUAGAUCGCGCUGAGGAUCAGACCGCUCACACACCGGAUUGGACAGGAGCGUCUAAUGCAUCUCUGACGGGUGAUGAGGGGAUGUCACAAUCUCCACCUUCGUCUUCAUCAGAAGAGCCCAGCACCUCCUCAGACCCCCCAUCAGUGUCAAGUCCCCUGGAUGAGGAGCUAGUGAACGAGGUUUUAGGAGACAUUCCCAGACAUGAAGAAGAUUAUCUGGAUCUGAGUCUGGAUGAGGAGCAGGAACUCAUCGCACGACUCCGAUCUUACCUGGAGAAAUGACCCACCUGAGCGUACAGAGAAUAAACGUUCUUUAAAGGUCAUUAUAUUGUUGCCUGUUAUGCAGUAUUUAUUAAUAACACUGAACGGCAAAAGAAAAUUGGAUGAUCUUACAUUUAUAUAAUAAUAUUACCAAGUAAAAUGAUGUGUGAAGUUCUUCCUUGUAACAGCUGUUGUAAUAGAAAUAACGCUAUGUUUAUUUUUCGAUUAUUUUUAGCGACGUGAUUCAUUUCUCACGCAUGUCUUUUGAAGAACAUGAUGUUGAAUGUUUUUUGGUUUCACGUCAGAUCAGUUUUCAUGCAGUGAUUCGCUUCAUUUAAAAGCAUUAUGUCGUUAUUUACUUUGUUCAAAUCGUUAUGUUCAAGUUGAUCAAUCAAAUCCAAUGGGAAUUUGCAAUAAAGAUUUUUGAAGGCG